AACGCAAAACCCCAGGCCCUCGCAGUCUCGCUUCUUCUACCUCCGCGCACCUUUCCCUACGGCGAAGUUUUGAAUCCGACAGACGUUGCUCCUCCUCCUUCGAUUUCCAAGAAGAAGACCCUUCUCGUCUCUCGAUGGGUUACGUUCAGGAGGCGCGCGAGAACCACGUCAAGAAGAAAGUCGAGGAAGCUUUACGCAGCAAGAUGAAGCAGAAGGCUCUGAAAGAGUGCGAUUAUUAUGCUUCGAAGUAUGCGGAAUGCGCCGUGGGAAGAACCUUUUCUGUGGUCUGGCAGUGCCGCAAGCAAGCGAAAGAAUUGAAUGAUUGCCUUCAUCACUACACAAAUGAUGCUGUCUUGGAAGAGAUGAAAAGAGAGUAUGCACUAAACCAAGAAGGGAAAGGCCCAGCCAAGCCUUAAGUGACACACAGAUCUCGCCUUCGGUCUGCUCGUGUAAAUGGGAAUCAAGCAGUUGUAUACUCAUGCCAUCUUCAGAUGAACUUUUGGGUUUCCAUUGGAAGAUUUUUCACAGGCACAUGUUGUCCAGAUUUUGGCGCAUUAGAGCAUCCUGUUGCAGCUUACCUGACCUAUGGAACUGAGAGAGUGUGUCCAAACCAGUUUUAGCCUCACUCUUUAAUCAGGUGAAACCUGAAAAUAAUUAUUGCCCUCGAUCGUACUUUGUAUCAUGAGGACUUGUGUUUUCUUUUGUCUUUCCCUGCUUCGCUUCUAUUACCUUUGAGGCUGAGUUGCUGCUGCACAGAACAGGAUCUACCAUUCACUGAGUGAUGUACUGCGUAGGGCUAUGUACCGAUUUUUGGCUAAAUAAUCAUUGAUAAAUCUGCAUGAUUGUGUUAA